AUGUCACGGCUCGCCGCGCUGACUCGGCCGAAAGAUCUCGCGGGUCUUGGGCACAAUUUUUGGAAAAGCCCUGGCUCCGAAGACAACAAGGUGAGCAAGCGUAUGUAGAUGUGGUCACGAUCGAGGUGUGAAGUCGAGAGUUACGAGUCACGAGUGUCUAAGCGUGAAGAUUCAAUCAUCGAUUGAAUGUGAACUUGACGGUUCAUCGUCCCAAUACCAUCUUACAAUCGCACACGACGGCCUGCGAAUAUUUUUUGCAACUCGCACGCGGGCGCGCACGCUCAUCUCCACCUCGAAUGCUCCUCAAGAACGACUGAAGUAGCACCUUGCAAGCAGCCGGCGCACUGCAUCUUGCUUGACACAGUGGAUCGGCUUCGGUUCUCGAAGAAGGCUUCAUCCGCCCAACUCGCCUCGUGCAUUUGACGCAUCUCGAUUACUCGGCAGUCCGCUCCCUGCUCCACAAAGCAGUAUGCCAGGCAAACGGCCUUACCAAGGCCCGCCCUCAAAGGCCCGGAAUCCUUCGGGCACGACGAGCGGCAAGAAUGCUUCAGACAAGGCCAUCAAGAAGCAGAAACGCGGCCCGAAGGCCUACAUAGAUCUACCGCAAGCAUCAAAGCAGCCGACUACUCGCACCUGGAUCUCAAGCGACCAAGAGGACAACUCAGGAGAUGAAGAAUUGCAAGCUGCAUUGGGUGCUGAAGAGAUGGCCGGAGAAGGAAUCGAAAGUGAUGGCGAUGGAACAAAGGAUUUCUCCACCAAAGCGCCCGUGAUCCACCUCGUAGAGAACGGCAUUCCAAGCAAAGGCAAAGGAAAAGCGUCGAAUGGCUUGGACUUCUUGCUGAAGUUGGAUGCCAAGGGGAUUAGCAAGUGAGUGUUACUGCGUUAGGGUGGGAUGAUUGGAGCCCGUAUUUUGAUAGCUGACUCACCAGUGCUCCCGUGCCCUCUUUCCAGAUCUCGAGCCGAGUUGGCUCGGUUGAAGAAGCGCGAGCGUGCUCUGGAGCGUGCCAAAACUGCCAACCAGUCUCGAGAGGGCAGAUCGACCAGCGUGGGCAGCAGCAGCAGUAGCGCAAGCACGGACAUGCAGGGCUUGAGCGAUGAUAGCGAUGCUCAAGAGGGUGUUCUGAGCGAGUUCAGUGAUAUGGAUAGCGAAACCUCGGAAGAAGAUUUGGACAUGGAUGUUGAAGCUGAGCAUGCCGCCCGCAUCAAGGAGGUGCAAGCACGUAAAGAUCGAGCUGAAGCACGUCAAAGCGCUGCAGCAGCGGAACGUAAGCUUCCUGUACGCAGCAUGCGGGGAUGGGCACCAGCCUCCGACUCCGACCUUGGCCUCAGUGAUCGAGACAAUGACUUUUCAGGCGCAGGGGGGCCGGACAAGUCCCAGCAAAAGCCUAGCAGAGCAAUUCAUGAUCGCCUCCCAGAAGACGAGGAGACUGUGCGGGAGUCCACGGACGACGAAGAGCAAAAGAAAGCCGCUCGCCGAGCAGCAACCCGCAUGUCCACCAUCACAUCAAGUACACGCUUCGGCAUGCUUGCGCCUUAUGAAAUCAUGGGGCUCAAGAAGCGAGGCGACCGCAUACAGGCAGCUAGGGAGCAGAUUGCCAAGCUGGCCACGGACGUCGUCGCGGACCCGGAAAUGUCUCUCGGCCUGCUCAGAAGACUAGCUGUCUUCGCCAAUCGCUGCAUUCCUCCGCCGCCUGAUUCCGACAUCACGAACACUGACGGCAAGCGUUUUGUCGAUGAUGCUAUUCGAGGAGCGGCUAUCAUGAGCAUGUGUGCCGUUUUCACGGACAUCUUGCCAGGAUAUCGAAUCCGCCCACUGUCCGAAGCGGAGCGAAGAGAGAAGACGAACCAAGAGACUACACGCCGAAGGGAAUUUGAGCAGGGGCUCGUCGAUGUAUACCGACAGUAUCUCGAAACGUGCGACAAGGUCAUCAAUGGUGAGUAGGGCUUGCCGCCGCGCCAAAAGCGACGCGCUGACUGACCUCAGCUCCUCACCCAAUAGCUCGUAUCGCGCUGUCCGAAUUAGCACUACAGGCCAUGUGCGUGUUGUUGACACGUGCGACCCACUUCAACUAUCGAACAAAUCUCGUUCGUGCUUUAGUAUCACAGCUGUCGCGCCACGGUUGGAGUAAGUCGAGUGAGAUCAGCGCUCUCGCACUGAUCGAGGUGCUUAGCAAAGAUCUAAGCGGAGAGAUCUCGCUCGAGGUGGUGCGUCUACUGAACCGCAUGAUCAAGGAGAGGACGUACAGGGUCAAUGCACGGGUGUUGGAUCUUCUACUCCAUUUACGAUUGCGCGACGAGCUGGGAAACACCCGCGCAGACACACAGAGAGCGAGCAAAGGAGAGAAUGCGCACAAGCGCAAAGCUGGAAAGGACAAAGCGAAGCCGAAGGAGGUCCGGAAGGGGAAAGGUCAGCACUUGAGCAAGAAGCAGGUCAAGGAAAUGCGCGAGAGGGCGGAGAUUGAUGAGGAGAUGAAAGAGGCCAACGCUGAAGUCGACCUUGAAGAACGCGAGAAAAAUGUGAGUUUCUCGCACAAGGUCCAAGCGUGACUUUUGGUGCUCAUCACUUCGUCUCCGCCCAAUAUCAGCAAACGGAGACCCUGAAAUUGUUGUUCGUGCUCUACUUCUCAAUCCUGAAGGCCCCUUCCGUGCCUGGUCCGUUGUUGGCCUCCUCGCUGGAGGGACUCAGUCGCUUCGCGCAUCGCGUCAACGUGGACUUCUUUCGCGAUCUUUUGGCUGUUCUACGCGCACACGUUGUCGAGGCUCGCCAGCACGCGGAGUCUGACCUGCUUCCUCGGCAUCCUUUAGAUGUAGAAGAGGAGGAGAAUGGGCCAGAUGCGGACUCAGCAAAGUUCGACACGGCGGAGGGGAGCGAGAUGUUGCGCGAUGACCAAGCCUGGGGAGCUGGGGCGGUCAAGUCGCGCAGCGCCAGACGGGACGGCGCCCGGGAAGCGCUUCAUUGUCUCGUCACCGCGUACGAGCUACUCUCGGGUCAAGGCGAGGCGCUCAACAUCGAAUUGUCUGACAUGGCGGGACACUUGUACGCGAUCAUGUUGCCGCUAGCACUCUCACCAACGAUCGAGGAUCCUCCGGUGCUUCUGUCAUCUGGCACGAGCUCAGAGGCGCUGCUUGCUGGCGGAACUAGCGGCAAGCAUAACAGGCCGCACAUGCAUAGCCAUCUUCUGCGCACAGAUGCUGACAUUCUCAUCAGAGCGCUGGAGCUGGCUCUGCUAAGGCCACGCAUAGCCACAUUCAGUUCUGAGGUCAAUGCUGCCUUCGUCAAGCGAAUGUUAGCCUGCGCCAUGCAUCUACCGCCUGCGACGGCUUGCCGCCUGCUUGUCGUUGCCAAGAACUGCAUUGCUCGAGAUGAAAAGCUCGAGGCCCUGCUGGACACCAAUGACCGGGCGAAGAAUGGAAAGUUUGAUGGAGAGAGUGACAACAUAGAUGCUGCUAGGCCAUUAGCCGCUGGAGAAGCUGCGUGGGAACUUCACCUCCUCGUUCACAGCUCCAAUGCGGACGUUGCUGCAGAGGCUAUGAAGCUUGCCAAUUUGCAAAGAUGA